GCCCCCCUCUCCCAGCAGGCCCUUUCUCUCCCCUUUCUCUUAAAGAGUGUAUGACUUCUCUCCAUAUCUUUCUCGAUGAAAAGAGUGUUGAUCUUUCAGAGAAGCGAACGGUCAGUGGGUAUGUGGAAUUACUGAUACCUACUAGCUCCUACGUCCAUCUUUCCACUCGUGUGACGGGUCAGGAAUUAGUUUAUUCCCCGUAUGACAGCGCGACGUGUUUCUUUAAUCAAACCAGCACCCCUCAGACACUUCAGCUGGCGGCUGGUCUCCACCGGAUACCUUUCUCGUGGGCGCUACACCGUGAGUUACCAUGCUCGCUCAUCCAUCGUUUUGGAUCCAUCGGAUAUUCCGUGGGUGCUGUGGCUUUGAUCGGCGACCUUGCUAUACGGGCUCACAUCAAGUUUUCCGUGACAAAAUCACAGAGUAAAAUAUCCACUAUAUAUUGGGGCACCACGCCUGAUCGCAAGUGGCGGUAUGAACUCGAAGUACCUAAAUCCAUAUGUUUAGGUGAUUUGUCGGUUCGACUGACGUUACGUUUGAAAAGUCUGAUGCCUCCCAAAUUGGAAUCCAAUGGAUGUUUGUUAGGCUGCCAGCUAUGGGAGUUUGCUAGUGUCAGUGACCCUGAAAAAGCUGAAACCCACCACUCUCAGUCAAUGGAGCCUUACACACACCUCCUUACCAAUCCAUCCAGUACGUGGUCCAACCCACUCGAACUUCUUUUGCCUAUCUCCAAACACGAUAGCCAUGUGGACACCAAAUGCGAAAGAAUAUGCAUAAAACAUUUAUUUCAUCUUACACUAGCCUUUAAUGAAACUGCUGAUGUACACUUGGAUUUUCCUGCUAUUGUAUGUGGCGAAAUUCCAGUGGCCGAACUGUGCGUGAGGAGAGAUUCCGCCAAUGAUACCAAUGAAUAUGUGGAUGAAAAGCUUAUUUCAUCUGCAUAAUCGAAACAUACCAAUACUGCAUAAUCACACGCACGCAUAGUCAUUAUUUCUAUCUCUCAAUCUAAUGUUUUACUGUACCAUAGUUAAAUUAAUGUUCACUGAUUAAAAAUGGAAGCUGCU